AUGCUAUUUUUUUCUUCAUUUUUCUUCUUUCACAUUUUAAUGCUAUUUUUUUCUUCAUUUUCCUUUCUUUCACAUUUUAAUGCUGUUUUUUCUUCAUUUUCCUUUCUUUCACAUUUUAAUGCUGUUUUUUCUUCAUUUUCCUUCUUUUGCAUAUUAAUACUGUUGUUUUUUCUUCUUCCACGUUUUAAUGUUGUUAUUUUACUUCUUUUUUCUUCAGCAUUUUAUUGCUGUUUUUCUUCACUUCUCUUCUUUCACAUUUUAAUGAUGGGUUUUAUUUCAGUUUCCUUUAUUCAUAUUUUAACAUUCAGUUUCUUUCUUUCACAUUUUAAUGCUGUGAUUUUUUUCAGUUUCCUUCUUAAUGUUUUAAUGUUGGGUUUUUCUUCAUUUUCUUUCUUUCACAUUUUAUUAUUCAUAUUUCUUUUACUUCUCUUUCUUUAUGCAAAUCUUUCUUGUUUUUCAAUUUUCAAACAUUUUUUCAUAUCUUUUCUUUUUCCCUCUGCCUUAUUUAUUCAUUUUUUUGUUCUUUCUUUUCUUUCUUUCCUUUUUUUUUUAUUCUUUCUUUUUUUCCCUCUAUUUUUGCUAGAAAAAUUUUCUUUUGUUAAUUUUUUAUUUGCUUUUUUUUUUUUUUACUUUUUGUCUUCUGUUUAUUUUUCUCACUUUUCUAAUAUCUCCUUGCUUGUCUGUCUUCAUCUUUUCUCUUUUUCUCUCCCCAAUUCUCAUUGUCCUCUCUCUCUCUCUUCUAUUUCAAUCCUUUUCUCUUUCUCUUUCCCCAGUUUUCUUUUUCCUCUCUCUCUUUUCUAUUUCACUCCUUUUCUCUUUCUGUGUCUCCAAUUCUCUUUGACCUCUCUCUCUCUUUCUCUCUCUUUCUCUUUUCCAAAUUAUCUUUGUCCUCUCUCUCUUUCCCCCCUUUUCUAUUUCCUUAAUUCUCUUUACCCCCAUCUCUUUCAUUGUCUAUCCCCAAUUCUCUUUGGUCUCUCUCUCCCUCUCUCUUCUAUUUCACCCCUUUUCUCUUUUUCUGUCCCCAAUUCUCUUUGA